UAUGCGCAGUUCGAAGCUAAAAUUGAGCAACUUCGUCGAGACAUGAUGAGUGGCGGUUUGGUGACAUAUGGUGCACCACGUAAAGAACUUUUUAUCAGAUCGAUGUUUGACUACGAUCCAUCACGUGAAGCAGGCGUCCCGCAUCGUGCUCUCUCUUUCUACUACGGCGAUAUUCUGCACGUUACGAACACAGCUGACGAUGACUGGUGGACUGCACGUGUGGUGACCGAAAAUGGUGAAGAAGGCCUGGAAGGUGUUAUUCCAUCAAAGAAACGCGUUGAAAAAAAGGAACGACAGAGGCGAAAGCAGGUAAACUUCAACGCGGGCAGCCAAAGUUUGCCACGUGGUAUGGAUGGACGACGUGGUUCACGUUCACAGCUGUCGUUUUCACGUAAAUUCCCGUUUGUCAAAAGUACUGAAAAGCUCAAUGAAUUCACUGAUAAUGAACGAUUGUUUUAUGGUUCUUCAUAA